UUUUUUGCAUUUUCUUAAAGUAUAAUAUUUUAAAAAUAUUGUGUGAAAAUUUGAAGUGAAUCCGACAAAUUCUUUUCGAGUUAUUUAACAAUGACCAAAGGACGCUCGGGUGCUACGUGGCAUUCGAGAGCAGGUAGCUAGAAACAGCUGCAAGCAACCGACCUUUCGGGUUUCAUUGUCAUGAAUAUCUCCCCAUUUUAAUGUAGUACAAGAACUGAAAAAUAAUUUUUGGUUGCCAGUAUACCUGUAGUCGUUGCACUGAUCAGUCGAUAGUUUUGUGAUAAAUUAUUUCUCAAGUGAAUUAAAUUAUUAACCAUGGGACGUGAUUCUAGAAAGGUUUCAAGAGAACUUCGGAGUUCUGAAAAAAUUAAUAAGUCGCGUUCAGUCAAAAGAAAGAAUGUUUUUAAUCCGAAAACAGCCGAACGUGAUGAAAGUAUUCAGAGUACAUCUUCUAAAAAAUUAAAACAAAACACUGAAGAUGAUGUACCUGAAGACAGCAGUACUGAAUUUCGAAUAAUAAAUUUUAUUCAGGUAUUCACUGCAAUUUCUGCUCUUAUAAAAUGUAAAAAAUGUGAUGGAAAUGUAGUGUUUCAAACAGCAAGUACACGUGGGCUGGGAUUCAAAAUUGUAGUUGCAUGUAAUAACUGUGGAAAUGAAUAUAUUCCUUCCUGUUCUUUCGUUGGGCAUUCUUAUGAAAUAAACAGACGUUUCAUUUUUGUAAUGAGAAUACUAGGAAUAGGAUACGAAGGAUUGUGCAAGUUUUGCGGCCUGAUGGACAUGCCGUCUUUUUUAGAUAAAUCUACGCAUACAAUUUUACUGAAACAGAUUUUGAAUUGUAGUAAAGCCGUCGCAGAAACCUUCAUGACGAAAGCUGUGAAUGAAGAAAAGCAAGCAAUGCCAACAACUGAAAAUGAAGAUAUAAAUCAUCUAACUGUAUCGGGAGAUGGAACCUGGCAAAAACGGGGAUAUACAUCGUCAUUUGGAGUUUCUUCUAUAAUUGGCUAUUUUACUGGAAAGAUUCUUGACAUAAACAUUAAAAGUGCAUAUUGUAAGCUAUGUGAGUAUUGGAAAAAAAAAACAAAUACUGUUGAGUUCGAGGAAUGGUAUCAAUCGCAUGAAGAUGUGUGUUCUGCUAAUCAUCAAGGGUCUUCUGGGAAAAUGGAGGUGGAUGCGAUGGUCGAAAUGUUUUCGUAUUCUGAAACUAAAUAUGGAGUUAAGUAUGCCAACUAUAUUGGUGAUGGUGACUCCAAGACCUAUUCAGGAAUUAUAAAAUCAGAUCCUUACGAAAAUACAACUGUAAAUAAAAAGGAAUGUAUAGGGCAUGUCCAAAAGCGGAUGGGGAGUCGAUUACGUACGCUGAAGAGUAAACAAAAAGGUCUUGGUGGUCGAGGUAAGCUCACAGGAAAAUUAAUAGACAAACUAACUGUGUACUAUGGUUUAGCAAUACGCCGGCAUUGUGAUUCUAUUGAAAAUAUGAAAUCUGCUAUAAUGGCAACCUUUUAUCACUACGGCUCGAGUGAUGAAAAACCGAAUCAUGAUAUGUGUCCAAAAGGCGAAGAAUCUUGGUGCUCUUACCAGCGCGCUGAAGCAAGAGGAGAGCUUGAUACCUUUUCUCACGAUUAUUCUCCUUUACCUUCUGAUGUUUUAAAAGCUAUCAAGCCUAUAUACGAAGAUCUUAGUAAUGAAAAUUUACUUUCAAGAUGUGUAGGUGGAUUCAAUCAGAAUAAUAAUGAAAGCUUUAACCAACUAGUAUGGAAAAUAUGCCCAAAAACGGACUUAAUUGUGGGCCUAAUUCUCAUCGGUAUGCAGAAAGAAUGGAUGCUGCACGUAUCAAAGUAGCAGAUAAGCGCGCUAAUGAUAACACCCGAGAAGGUCGAUUGCAACGUAGGCACCAGCAAAUCGAUAUUUUGGAAGCUGCUAUGUCGGCUGAAGAGCUAUUAUAUGGUCCAGGAAUAGAUGACUCAGUGUAAGUUAUUAAAUAAUUCUUAUAAUUCGACAUAAAUCCAUAGCAAAACUUUAAAUGCGUUUUUCUCAAAACUAUGUUUUCUGAACUGGUGAUCACUGUAACUUAAAAACUGCUCGGUAGAUUUCAAUAAAAUUUAUUGUACUUUUGAAAUACAUUAAAAACUCGUGCCUGAUCGAAGGAUUUUUUUUUUUUUUCAAAAUUUCGAUUUUUUUUUAACAAUAAACUGUCGGUUUUUUUCUCGAAAAUUUGAAAAAAAUUUCCUGAGGCCGCCAUUUUGUUAAUUUCGAAAAAAAAAAAAAAAGCUUCGAUCAGGCACAAGAUUAUCUAUUAAUAAAACUAAUUUUUCUUGUCCGAUUGAUUUUAGAUGAAUCUCCAAGGACUUAUGAUGAUCACCGCAAAGGACUUCGGGAGGAACGGGCUCUACAAAAACAGCGAUAACUUUUUGAAUUAUUAAUUUUUUUUUUUGAAAUUUUCGUGAAGUCAAAUCGAAACGUGUUCUAAUAAAGCUAUGUUUUUAUUUUUGUCAAAUAAAGUAAUUAACUACAAAAAAAAAAUUAUUGAAAAUCAUCAUUUUUUCAUACCCCUGAG